GCAGGUGACAGUGGGUGACAGAGCCGUGAUCCCGUCUGCCGUGACUCUGAGCAGCACACUGAUAAGAGGGAUCAGGUCCCGCGGGAGCUUGCAAUCUAACACCAGCCUUGAGGAUGUGAAAUAUUGAUCAGUGGCAGUCUGCGACAUGUCGUGCAGCUCGGGGGAGUGCAGGGGGCUCCCCCUCUACAGCCUCUACACAGGCCCCUCAGCGCCGGACCCCAUGCACUACUCUUCUGUGGCCCUCAGCACCGAGCCCCCCCUCAACAAUGGCUCUGGGACCCCCUGCUCUGCCGGGGACCCCACUCUGCAGGUAGGAAGCCAGACUGGGGGUGCGAGGGACAAGCGGACAGAGUACUCACCCAAGUGCUUCUAUCGUCACUACCUGACCCGCACCAGUAUGCAGGGGGACAUCUACAACUUCCUGGAAAGACCCAGCGGCUGGCGAUGCUUCAUAUACCACUUCAGCGUGUUCCUUCUUGUUCUCAUCUGUUUGAUAUUCAGCGUUCUAUCCACAAUUGAACAUUACUCAGAGUUCGCGACCGGGACCCUCUUCUGGAUGGAGAUCGUCCUUGUCGUGUUCUUUGGCGCUGAAUAUCUUGUCCGUCUCUGGUCUGCCGGCUGUCGCAGUAAAUAUGUCGGAUUCAGGGGCCGGAUUCGCUUUGCCCGAAAACCCAUCUCAAUCAUCGAUCUCAUUGUGGUCAUUGCGUCUAUAAUUGUUUUAAGCGUAGGAUCCAAUGGACAAGUGUUCGCCACGUCUGCAAUUAGGGGCAUUCGCUUCCUCCAGAUUCUGCGCAUGUUGCAUGUCGACAGGCAAGGAGGCACUUGGAGACUGUUGGGAUCCGUGGUAUUCAUCCAUCGCCAGGAGCUGAUCACGACGCUGUAUAUUGGAUUCCUCGGCUUAAUCUUCUCGUCCUACUUUGUGUAUCUGGCUGAGAAAGAUGCCGUCGACGAAGAAGGGAGGACGGGAUUCUCCAGCUACGCUGACGCCCUCUGGUGGGGAGUGGUCACGGUGACAACCAUCGGCUAUGGAGAUAAAGUUCCGCAGACGUGGAUUGGAAAAACCAUUGCCUCCUGCUUCUCUGUCUUCGCCAUUUCUUUCUUCGCUCUUCCAGCAGGGAUCCUUGGAUCUGGUUUUGCUCUCAAGGUCCAGCAGAAGCAGCGGCAGAAGCACUUCAACAGGCAGAUCCCUGCGGCCGCGUCCCUCAUCCAGACCCUCUGGAGAUGUUACGCUGCCGAAAAAGCCUACAAUUCCACCGCGACGUGGAAAAUCUACCUUACCCCUCCGGAGCAAAGCAGCAAGACCACAUCUGCCCCGGCCAGCCCCAGCUCACGUAGACAGAACAGAAGAUAUAAGAAGAAGAACAAGUCUGUACGUGAGGCUUGUGUCUUAAGUACAAGUCCCACCCUGGCUCCAUUGUGCCUCACCCCGAUCCCCCAGGGGCCCCGUAGCGGCCCCCCUGAGACAGCUCUGUCCGUACCUCACAUCACAUAUCAACACACGGAGGGUGAGAAGAGAGACCACGGCUUCCAGGGACCGACAGGUCGCUCUCGAUCUUGGUCUUCUCUUUCUGUUGCAUCCAGUAGUCCAACGUUCCAAGUAGGAAGGAGCCGGCCAGAUGAGUCUCUACCCGACAUCUCACGGACCAACAGCUACACGGAUGAUAUAGAUGCAGCGAGCGAGGACAGCCCUCUUUCAGCAGUGACGGACGUGUCACAGCUGACAGAUGCUCACAGGACAGCAGUAAAGGUGACGCGCAGGAUGCAGUAUUUUGUUGCAAGAAGGAAAUUCCAGCAAGCUCGGAAACCGUAUGACGUGAGAGACGUGAUUGAGCAAUACUCCCAGGGACACCUGAACAUGAUGGUGCGGAUCAAGGAGCUCCAGAGGAGGUUGGAUCAUUCACUGGGCAAACCGGGACUCUUCCUACCAGAAAAAGGGGUGGAUAAAGGGUUUUACACCGUUGGGGCGAGGCUGAUGCGUCUGGAGGAUAAGGUAACUCAGAUGGAUCACAAGCUGGAUGAGAUUUUACGUGUCUUCCGAGCUCAAUUGGUGCCAGAAGAGGAUCAGAAUCUUCCCCCGCAGCCGGCGUCCCCUGCCACCCACCGGCUGCACCCUUCCCACAGCUCCCCAACCCCCAGCCGCAGGUUCUGAGAAGCAAACCCUCACUUCUUAAACCACCUCUCCAGAGAGAUAGGAGAGAGUGAGUGCUCAGCAGGAGCGGACUCCAGUUGGGUUGAGGAGACCGUUCUUGUUCGGCGUCGGCAUCCUUUAAGCUGGUCCUACGAGCUCCAGACUGACUCUUCACUCACAACCAACUCAGAUUGCCUUCCUCACACGCAAAGUGGAUUCCAUGCAGCCUGAGGAUCGGAUUGGCCCAGAAAGCAUUUAUUUUGGCAAAUCCGUCUUUGCCCAGCUCAUGUACCCUCACUCUCAUAAACGGUGGUGGCCAUCAGCUUUCGAUCAUGGGCUCCUACCCUGUCCGAUGUUCAUUAAACACAGAAAUCCACAUUUACUUAAGGACUGAAUGAGGGGCCACAUCUGAGGGGGCCACUGAGUAAGUGGCUACUUCAGCCCCUAAGUCUUUUGGCUUGGCACAUAUUUGGCAGCCACUCCAAUGGACCCAAAGGCAAGCCACCCCCAGAUCCAUAAGUCAUUAAGGACCACAGAAAUAACGAUUCACUCGUCCAAAGAAGAUUCUCUCUGACCUGAUUGACCUUGGAAUCAUUAGCAGAAGACAAUUGUCUCCAUAACAAAGGAUUCCUAUCAUACAUCGUUCCCGAUCCGCUAAAUCCACUAUGAUUCCCACCUGUUUGCCUUAUCUCCGCCUCAGGUGACUGCGUCCCAAGGACACUCAUUGAGUGACGCUCGCUGUCUAUUCUACGUAGACACAUCAAGCAUUUGUUUGUCUCAUCCUGAGAGGGACUCAAACGUUUCCCGGGCCUGGAUGCGACAAGCCGAGGCCGAGAGGCGAUGUGUCACCAUAUCAUUAGCGCUAAUCAAACGUAAUUAAAAGUCUGAAGCCCGGGGCUGUCUCCACACACCUGGAAGUGACUAAUUAAAGGCUGUUUAGCAGAUCACAGUCUGUCAUUGUGUUCAUUAUCUCACAACGUUGUGUAUUACUUCGUCAGUACGAUUACAUACAUUCGGGUGUCUGGAUGGAGGCCGCUGCUCGUACCCCGGCCAUACGUUCUUCCAUAAAAGUGGAGUCAACAUCCAACGUAGACAUAAUUUUGCUGGAUUAUUAUAGUA